CGAGGCUGUUUCCAAGCUUAAAUCCAGGCUUCCUGAAGUUCUCAAGGCUGCCAGCAAGUCACCAGAGGAACCCGAACCUUACACGCUUUGGGGCAUUGCCCUCGAUAAGGAUUUUUCCGAUGAAAAGCUAAACGUUCUUUUGGUCAAGUUCUUGCGCGCUAGAGAUUUGAACCUGGAUUUGGCGAGCAAAAUGUUGAGUGACAGCAUAGCUUGGCGAAAGGAAUUCAAGGCAGACAGUAUCUUGGACGAAGAGUUUGAUGAGUCUGUCUUUGGCGGUGUCGGGUACAUUCACAAGACUGAUAAAGAAGGCCGUCCUGUUUGCUACAACUUCUACGGUGAAUUGGACCAGGAAGCCGUUUUUGGCGAUUUGCAAAAGUUCAUCCGUUGGAGAGUUCAGCUUAUGGAAAAGGGUGUCAAACUUGUCGACUUUGUUAAUGUGGAUACCAUGGUCCAGAUUCACGAUUACAAGGGCGUUUCUAUGUUUGGUCGUACGGCUAAUUCCAAACAGGCCACAAAGGAGAUUAUCAAAAUCAUGCAGGACAACUAUCCUAAAUUUUUGUCAACCAAAUUCUUUGUCAACAUACCCUGGUGGGGCAGCAAAAUCUUCAAGCUAAUUCGCCCACUGUUGCCAGAAGCUACUGUUAUGUUAGUCAAUGCUAGGUACAGCGGUAUGACACUAUAUAUAGAUUUCAAUGCAAAUGGGCUUUUACUUCCGUACCCAGCAGCAAUCUACUAUGCACCUGUACCUAUUGGAAAUCGAGAACAUUACAUAUUAACACUUCUGCAUUCAGUCACCGAUACACAUCAUUACCAAUUUCUGUAAUGAAUUUAAGGAAAAGUGAUGAUCAGGUAAUAUAGAGAUUGCUUGUUUAUGGAAGUCCUAUUUUUCUCUUCUUCUAGCUGUCAACUAAGGGCACAAUAGAGUACAACACAUCAAUUAGUAGUAGCGAUGAUGAAGGUAGGCAUGAUGAUGAUGAUUAAGAUGGUGUAUGGACCUUUGCGUUUUGUUUAUUGUAUUCAGUUUUGAUCAUGAUACUUUUGCAUAUCACAAAAUAUCUUUCUGUUUUGGGCUGCUACCAUUGUACCGCAAUAGAAUGGAUUGUUGUGUGACACGUUCAAAAGCAC